UGUCACCAGGGUCACCGAGUCUUACCUGGAUGUUCUCUGUCCUUGAGUGAAAAAAAUAAAACUACAUUUCCCGGCAGUCUUGGUGUUGCUAUGCACAUGCGCAGUGCGAAACAAGAUGUCAGCUGCCAGUAGAACGGCGUGAUGAAGACAGAGCGGGAUUGAUGUGUGAGACGCGGAGAUGGCGGCUGUAUACGGGCACACAGCGAUGAGGAGCGGCUGGAGAACAGUAACCGGGAUAGGCAGCCUGGGCUGUGCAAGGAGGAAAUGCUCGGCGCCCUGGUAUCAGGAACAUUUGGAGACUAAGCAGAAGGGGCACAGAUCUCCCUCCAGAAUCCAAGAAGAAAGAUCCAGCAUCUUGAGGAACCCAGGAGUCACGACUGUGGAAAAGAUGAGCAAGGAGUCGCUGUGUGAGCACCUGGCACAGAAUGUGGUGCAUAUGGAAGGUCCACUUGUCGCCAUCAACAAACCCCAGGGGCUGUCCAUUACAAGUAGUUCAGAGGGGCUUUCAGUGGUGUCCAUACUCCCAGAGUUAAAGCAGAUACUGCAGAUGAAGUCAGAUCUCCACGUGGUGAAAGCUGCGCCAAAGGAGAGUUCUGGGCUGGUUCUGCUCUCUACUUGUCAUAUCACCACGAAGAAAUUAGAAGAUUUUUACGCUGUGUGCCGUAGAUCAGAGCGGCCAAUCACAACAUUCUGUGCUGUAACUCUUGGCACCCCCAGUCCGGCUGAAGGGGAGAUAAGCGUGGCCCUGAAAGUGGAGAAUAUCGGCGACCGGGAUCUAGUUGUCCCUGUGAUGCAUCCGUCUAAAGGAAGCCUGGAGAGGAGAGAGGUGAAGAGGACAGGAACCAGGUACAGGGUUCUCCACUCUGCGGAGGGCUGCUCUCUUCUGCAGCUGCAGCCCAUGAGCGUUUAUAGAGAGCAACUUUUGGUUCACUGCACACUAAAGUUCUGCCCGAUACUAGGCGACCACAUUUACAGUGCACGAGUGGCAAAAAUAUUAGGAGAGAACAUCCACGUACCCCUGGAUCUUGCAACCCCAAGGCCACAGUUGAUAGAAGAGAAGAUUCUCGGUAAGAUGCAUCUAACAGAGCAGCAGGUGCCCCGGAUACCUCUUCACCUUCACCUGCACCAUCUGCUGAUGCCAGACGGCUCCUCAACGCAUCUCACUGCUCCGCCACCUCCUUUCUUCCAGCGGACAAUGGAGCUUCUGCAUCUUAAGAUGAAGCGAUCUGCUCUCAUUGAUCGUUAAAGGGACAGCACACUUAAAAAUGAAUGCCUGAUCCUGUGCAGCCUUGUAGAAGCUUGGCUGAAAACACAGGGUGGACCUUCAGUGAUAGGGUAGAGCUUGGUGUGUCAGUAUAAUGGAGGAGAGCUCCUGCUGCAGCCAGUUGCCUUACGGUCAGGAUGGGUUUGUAUUUAUACAGUGUCUAAUGUAUAUAACUAUAAUAAUUUUAUUAGUAUUGGAUCAACCCCAUUAAACCAGGCAAGCUGUCGGUUCAGGGUUGAUCCUGCUGUGUGAAACAACCCCUCUAGUUGAAAUCCAUUGUUAAAUACACCAUAGGGUGGGCCUAGCCCCUCCGAAACCUGCUGCCUUUCGACCUCUCCCCCCUUGGGUAACAGGGCCAGGCAUCCUCAUGGUCUUCCUGCCUGGCCCUGUAAUCAUGCACUGGUGAAUGUUCAGUCGGCUCAUACACUUUAUAGAUCUCUGCAGCGGUGACCGCGAUAUACUGUGCAUGCGCCAACUUGAACAUUCAACGGCGCGUGCAUUUGCAAGGGCCAGGCAGGGAGACAAUGAGGCCGUCUGGCCCUGUCACUCAAGGGGAACGGGAAAGGCGGUUGUGGAGCAUUUUCCCUAAGGGACAAGAUCAAUCCUAACACACAGUAUGCCUGGUUUAAUAGGGUCGAUCCUGCUGACAGAUGCUGUUUACUAUAUUAUAGGGGUGGGGUAUUUUCUUACAGCUGUAAAUAAUCUGUUUGUAGAGGAGCCUCAUGAGAUUUGAUGUGCACUGAUGUUAUAAUAAAAAUACAUUA